AUGACAGAAACCAAUCCAUGCCGUACAGAGAGACGUAGUAGUUGGCGUACCCGCGUUAACAUGCCUCCAAAACCAUUGUCUAUUAUGGGGAGUGUCAUGCCGAUUAACGUCCGAGGGCUGUCGUUAAACACUUCCAUAUAUGAUUAUAACCAGUGGGCUGAGGAAGGCUGUGAUGGCUGGAGUUACAAAGAUGUAUUACCAUACUUCAUAAAAACGGAAGAUUAUCAAAUGCCAAAUGAAUAUGACUCUGCGUAUCAUGGUAAAGGUGGAUAUAUGAAAUUGACAGACAGUACACUAACUCCUCUAGUUGAGGUUUACAGAAGAGGUGCCGAAGAGAUUGGAUACAAAACCGUGGAUGCUAACGGAGAAGAUCAGAUUGGGUUCUCAUACGCCCAAGCUUCUGUACACAAUGGCGAACGAUGCAGCACAGCUAGUUGCUAUUUAAGACCAAUAUUAAGCAGACCUAACCUUCACAUUAGCAUUCAUUCAUUUGUAACAAAGGUGAUUAUAAAAAACAAAAUUGCUACAGGCGUUGAGAUGCUAAAAAGCAAUAAAAAAUUGAAAAUAUCUGCGACAAGGGAGGUAAUAGUAUCAGCUGGUUCUAUCAACAGCCCACAAAUACUUAUGUUGUCUGGGUUAGGACCAAAACAACAUCUACAGAAUUUGAAGAUCCCAGUAAUUGCUGACUUACCGGUUGGAAAUAAUCUAGAAGAUCACCUCCAGUACUUUGUAAAACACAAAAUAAACCAGUCGUACAGUCUAUCAUCAGAAUCAAGAAAUAUGUUUACCUCACUUCAGUAUGCAUUGACGAGGACGGGUCCUUUGUCAGGAACAGGAUUAGAAGCCAAUAUAUUCGGCAGAAUGAUAAACAGGGAAGAAAGUUUACCAAAUUAUCCUGAUUACCAGAUCCUAUUCUUAAGUGUUGCACAUGAUAACUUUUUCUACGACUAUGGUUUACAACUGAAUCUGAAGGAAUCGGUGAAAGAUCUUAUAAAAACAAGAACGUCGACAACAGAGUUCACAUCAGUAUUAAUACAACAACGACCUAAGAGUACCGGAACUAUCCGUCUGGCCAGUAAAGAUCCGUUUGAUAAUCCUCUGAUUCAGCCAAAUUACUUAGAUCAUCCAUACGACGUCAAAAGUUUAAUAGCUGGUAUUAGGAAAAUACAAGAGCUGGCAGCAUCGAAUCCUCUCCAAGAAAUCGGAGCAACAUUAAAUAGACAGGACUUUGAUGGAAUAUGUGACAAGGCGAAAUUUGACUCUGAUGAAUAUUGGGAAUGUAUGUUACGUCAUUAUGCUGUCACGUGCUACCACCCCACUUCAACAUGUCGAAUGGGAGCGAAAGAUGACCCGACUGCUGUUGUGGAUACGAAACUAAGAGUAAGAGGAAUAAAAGGCUUAAGAGUGGCAGAUGCAUCUGUGAUGAGACACGUCAUAUCUGGGAAUACAAAUGCACCAACCAUUAUGAUUGGGGAGAGAGCAGCGGAUUUUAUUCGUGGAAAAGAUACAGUGCAAAAAUUUAAAGAGCAAAUAAAACAUUUAAAACUUUAA